UCUCCUUUUUAUUCAUUUAAUACGAACCCAUUUGGAUACCCCGCUCUAAGCCUUUCCCUCUUUUCCCCGUUGAGGCCGGCUAUGAUAUGCGUAAAAUCAAAGUUUAUGUUGGGCGAGCAAAACAUUUUUAUGAUCUAAUACCUGCUUCGGUGUAUGAGAGUAAAGUUUAUGCCAUUGUGCCCUGGGGUGGAGCUGCCCAUGAGGAGACGAAAUACGAGGUUCUUGCUGGUUUAGAUUAUGGCUGGGAAGCCUGUCAAGAUGGUAAGGUACCCCAAAACGCAGUCAAGGCUGGCAAAACCAAUAAUGGUGAGUGGCUGUACGUUGGACGGGCCGAGUACGAAGGCACUCGAAUGGUGGGCAAAAUCCAACCUUCAGAAAAAUCCAUAUACAUUCCCUAUAAACAGCUGGAGAUAAAGCUAAAAAAUUAUGAGGCCUUGUACUACAAGGACUCGGAUACCUGGAAAACUAUGAGUAUGAACAUGAAAACGAAUAUUUUUCCCGAUGCUGUUGAGGUGGGCGAGGACCGAGACUAUAGUAAAAUGUAUGUGGCACGUGGUAUGUACCAAGAUAUGUGGUAUCCCGUGAAAUGUAUUCCCGAUCGAGAGGAAGCCUUUCUGUGCUACGAUGGUCCCGAACAGAAAUACGAUACCGUCCAGUUCUUGGUUGGCGAUAAAUACUAUUGGAAGAAGCCAACAGCUGAAGAUGAUUUCUUCGAUGCUGUAUUUACGGAUCACACCAAGGAGGGAGAGCCUUUGUUUGUUGGUAGAGGCUACCAUGAGGAUGUCAUUUGCACGGGACUUGUAUCGUUGGUGCAAAAUAUUUUAAUAGCUCCUUAUGGAGCAGAAGUAAAGUAUAUAAAAAAUUUUGAAAUUCUGAUGAGAAAAUGAGCGCUUUAAAUUCAAUGAUAGAAAACAUUUUUAAAACUCAA